GGACGACUCAGGCAGAGCAAAUGGGGUUGAAAUAACAUGCAUACAAAUGUACACGGCCUCGACUCACCAAACAUAUUCCUCAAUCCUCCGGUAGUACUAACUAUUACCAGUAAUUCCCCAAAGUAGAAAAAAAACUCCAAACAAACAAACCCCUAAUCUUCCCAGACAGUUUUCGCUUCCGUUUUCCUCAAAAUCGCAAAAGAUUUAUAUAUAAUAUGGCGGAAAACGAGAGUUUUUCUAGCCGGAAAUCGGUCGGAAAGGCGCCGGAGAGGUCGAAUUUUACUCAGACUUGCAAUCUAUUGAGCCAGUAUUUGAAGGAAAAGAGAAGUCUUGGAGAUAUUGGCUUUGGAAAGCCUGGAAAUUUGGAAUCCAGAGAAAAGCCAGAAACAUUCCGGCCGCCGAUGACGACGAUGAACUUCCUGACGAACAUGGAAAAUCCAUCGGAGACCGGAAAAGAAAACGGCGUCGUAGAAUCAACCAACGCGAAAUCCGUCGGUUUUUUACCUCAGUUUGUGGGUUUUGGUUCCUCCAGUUCCAUUAAUAAAGAUUUUAACCGAGCUGAUAUCAGGAAACCGGCAACAAUGGAGCCUGAAACUGCUCAGAUGACUAUAUUUUACGGCGGCCAAGUGUUGGUGUUCAAUGACUUUCCGGCCGACAAGGCCAAGGAAAUCAUGGCUUUGGCCGGCAAAGGAAACUCAAACUCUGGUGGCUUGGUUUCUUCAACUCCUCCCUUGGAGAAACUCGAAUCCAGCAUUUCUAAUGCCCCUGAGUCAAGCCCUGUACCCAUGCCUGAGAAAAAUUCCACCCAUGAACGCCUUCAACGACGACCUCAAGCCACUGAUUCCGAAAUGCCAAUUGCAAGAAGAGCUUCACUCCAUCGUUUCCUGGAGAAAAGAAAAGACAGGGCAGCAGCAAAAGCACCAUACCAAGUGAACCACCAUCAUGCAUCUCCUUCCAAACCUGAUGAGGAUGGUCAAUGUUCAAAUCAGCUGGAUCUAAACUUAUAGCUUACUCUUAGUGAUAUUUAUAAAAAGCUCACCAUUUAUCUUAUUACAUUAUUAGGUUACAAAUUAAUAAUUAUCCGGUUUAAGCUUCAUUAAACUCCUAACCAUACUUGUUACGCCUAUUGUACCCUUUUUUUUUGGUUAAUUCGCUCUUACAAUUUUUGUAAUUAUUCAUUUUAUGAUGAUUAUUUUCAAGAGAUCCUUUAUGAAGUAGAUAUAUUGUGGAUGAAA